AUGGCCAAUAGAGCCACACCAAACGAGGUAAGUGACCCACUGCCUGGUCCAGCCGAUUUCAAACAUACUUCAGCAAACAUCUCCAAUCUUGUUUCCCAGUACCAGACCACUAUUGGGAUUCAGAGCCUUCUAGGCCUGACUGCCCUGAGUCCCACAAGUCACGAAGAGACACCCGUCUCGACACCAUACCCACAGACUGAACCUGCCGGUUUCAAUGAAACCGGCCCUCAUCCUCCUUUAGAGGGACCAUCUGAGACGGUUCUGAAAAACACCAAGCCACCGGAAAGGGCCAUCGACCUGAAUACGAUGCAAGAUACUCGUGCAUCUGCUGGAAAGCAGAACACAGCAACCAAACAGGCCAAAUUCAGUCGGACCUCCAUAAGCUCACUCAUCAAUCUGGACGAAUCCGGAUCCGCCCCGAAUGAAGGACCGAAAGGAAGUGGCCAGCAGGAAAAGAGAAAAAGAGCGUCUCCAAAAAACGAACUGGCGGCGAAGAAAUCCAAGACAGAAACCACAAAGAAAUCGGCAAAGACGGAUGCGAAAUCAGAGACAAAAAAGGAGCUGAAUGCCGAGCUGAAGACGGAUCCUAAACGGGAAGCCAAGACAGACACCAAAAGGGACAACAAGACCGACACAAAGCGCCUGUCUAAAGAAGAGGCAAAGAAAGCCCCAAAACCCAAGAAAAAGACACCGGAAGUUGGCUUGCCGUCCCACGAAAAGCCAAGCAUCCAUCCCCGAAUGACCACAGAAAAGUCAAAGUCUACAACGUCGGCAGUCAGUGUACCUGCACCGAGCUUUAUGGCAAUAAAUGAUGCUGCUCAUGGAGAUGCUGGUGCCGGAGGCCCCACCGAUGAAGAAGACAAAUCUCAGCUACCAAUUAUAGCCUUGGAUAUCCCCCUUCUUGAUCCGAAGCACCCACAGCCAGGUCAGGCAGAGGUCGUUGUCAACGUGCUCAAGCUAGCGGAAGAAAAAUACGGUUGGAGUGCAGUGCAUCCAGAAGCACGCUCAGCUUUCGAACUCAUGGACGAUUUGCUUGAAGAUGACGAUGAUGGAGAAGAGGAGGAAGACGAAGAGGUGAUGAUCGUCGACGAAAACGGGAACUCUCUGAAAAGAAAAGACGAGGGUCUAGAUAAAAAGAAGAAAAAACAACAGGUGCAGCAACAGCAGCAAUCCAAAGUCAAUCGGAAGGUCGGCAAGUAUGAUUACGAAGAUCCAUUUAUUGACGAUGCGGAACUUCAAUGGGAAGAGGAAAUUACCACCACAAAAGAAGGUUUUUUUGUCUUCUGGGGUCCUUUGGUGGAUGAGAGGCAGCUGGCAAAAAAAGGUAAUGGGAAAAGUAAAAAGUAG